AUGAAAAAGAAGAAAGAAAAGGAGAGGAAAUCUCCCGAAAGUUCCUCUUCUACGGAGCAUCUUGUGAUAGAGAAGAAGAAGGAUAAGGAUCUGAAGAGCUCUUCUCUCUCAGCACCCGAGGUAGAGAAGAAAAAGUUGAAAAAGGCUUCUGAGGAACCGGAAAGCUCGGAAAAUCCUAAAAUGGAUAAGAAGAAAGAAAAGAACAAGUCCUCGGAUAGUUCCUCUUCGGAGCAUCUUGUGAUAGAGAAGAAGGAUAAGGAGCGGAAGAGUAAGAAGAUGAAUGCUGAGAGCUCGGAAAAUCCUAAAAUGGAUAAGAAAGAAAAUAACAAAUCCUCGGAUAGUUCCUCUUCGGAGCAUCUUGUGAUAGAGAAGAAGAAGGAUAAGGAGCGGAAGAGUAAGAAGAGGAAGGCUGGGAGCUCUUCUCUCUCAGCACCCGAGGUAGAGAAGAAGAAGUUGAAAAAGGCUGCCGAGGAACCGGAAAGCUCGGAAAAUCCUAAAAUGGAUAAGAAGAAAGAAAAGAACAAGUCCUCGGAUAGUUCCUCUUCGGAGCAUCUUGUGAUAGAGAAGAAGGAUAAGGAGCGGAAGAGUAAGAAGAUGAAUGCUGAGAGCUCGGAAAAUCCUAAAAUGGAUAAGAAAGAAAAUAACAAAUCCUCGGAUAGUUCCUCUUCGGAGCAUCUUGUGAUAGAGAAGAAGAAGGAUAAGGAGCGGAAGAGUAAGAAGAGGAAGGCUGGGAGCUCUUCUCUCUCAGCACCCGAGGUAGAGAAGAAGAAGUUGAAAAAGGCUGCCGAGGAACCGGAAAGCUCGGAAAAUCCUAAAAUGGAUAAGAAGAAAGAAAAGAACAAGUCCUCGGAUAAUUCCUCUUCGGAGCAUCUUGUGAUAGAGAAGAAGGAUAAGGAGCGGAAGAGUAAGAAGAUGAAUGCUGAGAGCUCUUCUCUCUCAGCACCCGAGGUAGAGAAAAAGAAGUUGAAAAAGGCUGUUGAGGAACCGGAAAGCUCGGAAAAUCCUAAAAUGGAAAAGAAGAAUGUCAUGAAGUCCUUCCAUAACAUGAAGAAGACAAUGGUGUGGUUUGACUUGGAGAAUUGCAGAGUUCCCCGUGAUCUUAAUGCAGAAGAAGUCUUCCCACGCAUAAAGAAGACGCUUAGAGAAGAUGGUUAUGGUGGGGAACUUGAGUUUACCAUAGUUGUGCCCUUUACAGACUGCGAAGUACCAGAGGCUCUCCUCGAGACAAUGAGUCUUGUUCGUGUGAAAAAUCGUCCAAGACCAGUAGAUCCCAACUCAAAUGAAAGAAAGGAUAACCAGAUCGCUGAUGAUUAUAUGGAAUUUGAAAUCAAGGGUUGGUUGUCUUUAAAGCUAGAGUCACACAAUGUCAUGAUUCUGAGCAGCGAUGGCGAUUUCAAGCGUAUUGCCACUAGGGUGAAAGAGGAGGGACAUUCAUUCUUGAUGGCCUAUGACGAUCAUCCUACUGGGAAAAAUCAGAAGAAAGAAUCUUCAGCAAAGACACUGAAGAUUGCAGAGCGUGCUUGGCCUUGGAGGAAGUUGUUAGGUCUUCCAAAACUCCUUCUUAGUCAAGACCUGGAGUGGAGUAAUAAAAGGGCUCAUAAAGAGUUUUUAGAGAAUAACAGGGGUCUAGAUGGGAGGGUGGAUCCGAAGCUUUAUGCAGAUUUCAAGAGAAAGUUGGCUGAGAGGAAGAGUCAGAGCAUUGAGGUAAAGGAAGGGGAUAUGUCGUUUAGUCAAGAGUUAAAGAAGUUGAAGGACGAGAAUAUGGAGAAACAGUUGGCUGAGAAGAAGCGUAUGGGUAUGACGGAUGAAGAGUUAGCGAAGUUGACGGCUAAAGAUUUUAAGCUGGAGCCAGAAGUUUUUGAGGCUUUGAAAGCAAAGUUUGAAAGGGUGGAUGAGCUUAGGUGGAGUUGCAUCAACGCAAAAGAAGAAAGCCGCAGUGCUGGUAUUGUGAUUAGUGAGGGGAAGGAGCAGAAGAGGAAGGAAGGAAGCCGUAGUGCUGGUAUUGUGAUUACUGAGGGGAAGGAGCAGAAGGGGAAGGAGCAGAAGGGGAAGGAGUGGAAGGGGAAAGAGAAAGUUGUAUAUGUGGAGGAUGACGAAGAUUUUGCCAAGCGGUCAAACAAGUUUGCACGGGAGCUGAAGAAAAGGCAAGAUGGACCAGGAGGCAGUAGUAUUUAG